GGAGCUGAUCAUCAUAACGGAGAACAAAGAGAGACGAAGCCAGGCAAAUAUUAAGAGGAGAGACUUUGAAAUAUUCUCUUCUUCUUCUUCUUCUUCUUCACUUUUCUUCUUCCUUCUCCACGAAAAUGGUGAAGUUAGCUUUCGGAAGCUUCGGUGAUUCCUUCAGCAUAAACUCAGUUAAAGCUUACCUUGCCGAGUUUAUCGCCACCCUCCUCUUUGUGUUCGCUGGAGUUGGCUCUGCCAUCGCUUACAACAAGCUGUCGUCCGACGCGCCCUUAGACGCCGCGGGCCUCGCCUCCGUAGCCUUAGCCCACGCACUCGCUCUCUUCGCCGGUGUCUCCAUGGCUGCAAACAUCUCCGGCGGCCACCUCAACCCCGCCGUAACCUUCGGCCUUGCCAUCGGCGGUAACAUUACCAUCCUCUCCGGCAUCUUCUACUGGAUAUCCCAACUCCUCGGCGCCACCAUCGCCUGUCUCCUCCUCAAAUUCGUCACCGCCGGAAAAUCCAUCCCCACCCACAGCGUCGCCGCCGGCAUGACUGAACUCGAAGGUUUCAUAAUGGAGAUCAUAAUAACCUUCGGCCUCGUCUACACUGUCUACGCAACCGCCGCCGAUCCCAAGAAAGGCUCGCUCGGCACCAUCGCUCCCAUCGCCAUUGGCUUCAUCGUCGGAGCUAACAUCCUCGCCGCCGGCCCGUUCAGCGGGGGGUCGAUGAACCCGGCCCGCUCAUUCGGCCCGGCCGUUGCCGCAGGGGACUUUUCGGGACAUUGGGUUUAUUGGGUCGGCCCGCUUAUCGGCGGUGGGCUCGCAGGGCUCAUCUACGGUGACAUCUUCAUUGCAAAUUACCAGAUUGUGGCGGCACAGGAUUAUCCUUAACGUGAUGACGUGUCCUAGAGGAUGUGUAGCUAUAAGCUAUAACUUUUUUUUUUUUUUUGGGUUAUAAAUAAACGUGUGAAUCAUGGGUCUUAAGCCAGUCGUUUCGUGUAAUUGGGUUGGGUUCGGUUUUCGUGUCUGAUGGGUAAUGAUCUCAAAUCUCAACAUGUAUUUCGUUUUUGGUUGUAUUUGCUUAAUGCUUUGUGCAAACUAAGCAAGCUUUGAUUUGUUAUCGAGGUUUUGGAUAGGGCCAAUUCUAGUUGGGAGUUAGUAGGAAGAUUGUAUUUGAGUCAUCUUUGGGCUACCUCUAAGGAAAAUGUAUAAGUUUAAAAAUAUUUUGAGUCUCUUUUUUUAUAUAGGAAUUAUCAAAAAUAAUAAUAUAGAGAAGCUAAUUAG